AUGCAAGGGCGUCGGAAUAAUAAAUGGACGGCGGAGGAAGAAAGCGCGCUUCUCGCCGGAAUAGCCAAGCACGGUGUCGGAAAGUGGUCGGAUAUUGUAGACGAUCCCCUGCUCAGUGCUCAACUUGCAGGUCGCAAUAACAUUCAACUCAAGGACAAGUGGCGUAAUAUACAAAAGCGUGGGAGGCUAGUCGAGGAGAAAUCAAAAACGCAAGCAAUCAAAUCAGCUUCCAUUCCCAAUUCCAGUGCAAAGACUUCGCCUGUUGUUAGCAACGAACCUUCUCCAAAUCGUUCAUUAGAUAUGAGCAAUGAAUCUAGGUAUCAUGCGAUGGUUUUUGAAGCGAUAUCAACAAUCGAUGAUGAAAACGGUUCUGAUCUCAUUGGGAUUCUCAGCUUUAUCGAGGAACGAUACGAGGUACCACAAAACUUUACGAAACUGUUGAGUAAAAGCCUGAGAGCCCUUGUUUCUCAAGGAAAUCUAGAGAAGGUACUAAAUCGCUACAAGAUCUCAGUCAUGGAAUGCAAAGUGUUGGAGAUAUCACCAGAUGUGGUAGCAAAGCGAAUUGCAGUGGCGGAGAAGAAAGCGUUUAUAGCAGCAGAGGCAGUCAAAGAAGCAGAACGAAUGCAACAGUUGGCAGAAGAAAGCGAAUUGACGCUUCAAUUAGUCUUAGAUAUCCAUGAGCAAUGUGCUCUUGGCAAAAGGGUUUUCUUACGCUCUUACCUCUCUCCUUCAACUCAAUCUCCAGUCAUGGCAGGUUCGGCACCAGAAGGUUCGCAGUUUGAUACGCGUCAGUUUGACCAGAAGCUCAAUGAAGUUCUCGAAGGACAGGAUGAGUUCUUCACCUCAUACGAUGAGGUCCACGAGAGCUUUGAUGCCAUGGGCUUGCAAGAAAACCUCCUUAGGGGUAUCUAUGCCUAUGGUUUUGAAAAGCCAUCUGCCAUCCAGCAAAGAGGAAUUGUUCCCUUUUGCAAUGGUCUUGAUGUGAUCCAGCAGGCACAGUCUGGUACUGGAAAGACGGCCACUUUCUGCUCUGGAGUCUUGCAGCAGCUCGACUUCACCCUUGUCCAGUGCCAGGCUCUCGUCUUGGCUCCAACCAGGGAGCUUGCUCAGCAGAUCGAGAAGGUCAUGCGUGCUCUUGGUGAUUACCUUGGUGUCAAGGUUCAUGCCUGUGUUGGUGGAACCAGUGUCCGUGAGGACCAGCGCAUUCUCCAAGCUGGUGUUCAUGUUGUGGUUGGAACUCCUGGACGUGUCUUCGACAUGCUUAGGAGACAGUCUCUUCGUCCUGACUGCAUCAAGAUGUUUGUCCUUGAUGAAGCUGAUGAGAUGCUCUCUCGUGGUUUCAAGGAUCAGAUCUAUGACAUCUUCCAGCUUCUCCCACCAAAGAUUCAGGUUGGUGUGUUCUCAGCGACAAUGCCACCAGAAGCUCUGGAGAUCACAAGGAAGUUCAUGAGCAAACCAGUGAGGAUCUUGGUGAAACGUGACGAGCUCACACUUGAAGGUAUCAAGCAGUUCUACGUGAACGUGGAGAAAGAGGAGUGGAAGCUCGAGACUCUCUGUGACCUGUACGAGACUCUGGCCAUCACUCAGAGUGUCAUCUUCGUCAACACUCGUCGCAAGGUCGACUGGCUCACUGAGAAAAUGAGAGGCCGUGACCACACAGUCUCUGCGACUCACGGAGACAUGGACCAGAACACAAGAGACAUCAUCAUGAGAGAGUUCAGGUCCGGCUCUUCCCGUGUCCUCAUCACAACCGAUCUCUUGGCUCGUGGUAUCGAUGUUCAGCAGGUGUCUCUGGUCAUCAACUUUGACCUCCCAACUCAGCCGGAGAACUACCUUCACCGUAUCGGAAGAAGUGGAAGGUUUGGGAGGAAAGGUGUGGCGAUCAACUUUGUGACUAGUGAUGAUGAGAGGAUGCUUUCUGAUAUUCAGAGAUUUUACAAUGUUACCGUUGAGGAGCUUCCAUCAAACGUUGCCGAUCUGCUUUGA